GAGCUCGUCUGUUCUCCGUCUUCACUCCUCAGUCGUUCGUCGCUAAUCCUCCACUCUCUCUGCCUCUCUUUUUAAAUAUACAUCUUUUAUUCAAUCUGAGGACCUUAUCUCCAGUGUUUUAAUGUCACGUCUCGACAGACGCUCAACAAAAUGGAGCUCUCAAACAAACUCCGCUGGGAUCACCUCUUGAUUUUGGUUGCGGCAUUUAUGUCACCUGCGUUCAUGGUGCUAUGCAAUGACAUCCUCAGCCUGAAGGUGGCAGGAGACCCAGUGCUAACUCCUCACUCUGUGUGUCUGAGGCUGGUGGGCCUCAGUAAACGUCAGAUGCGGAUGUGCAUGAGGAAUCCUGAUGUGACCGCGUCUGCACUGCAGGGCAUCCAAGUGGCCAUCCAUGAAUGCCAGCACCAGCUCCGAGGCCACCGAUGGAACUGCUCCUCACUGGAGGGCUUUGGCAGACUGCCCCACCACAGCACCAUCCUCAGCAGGGGUCUUCGAGAGAGUGCCUUCUCCCUGGCCCUGCUGGCAGCGGGUGUGGCUCACUCUGUGGCCUCGGCCUGCAGCAUGGGCAAGCUAAGGGGGUGCAGCUGUGAUGCCAAGCGUCGCCAGGACGAUGACAAGAUCCGGCUGAAACUCACACAGCUGCAGCUGCAGACUCUGCAAAAGGGCGGAGUUGCCAUUGACAUGGCAAAAUCAUUACCCUCAGAGCUAAACGGUCGCCGUGGCAACCUACCCACCAACCUGCAUUCUGCCCUGAUGAAACCUUUGUCUGAUGAGCCGAACUUGAUGCAAGACACCUGGAUGUGGGGGGGUUGUAGCCAUGACCUGCGCUUUGGGGAACGUUUUUCAAGGGACUGGCUUGAUUCCCGCGGCUCUCCAAGGGACAUCCACGCUCGCAUGAGGAUUCACAACAACCGUGUGGGACGACAAAUAGUGACUGACCACAUGACACGGAAGUGCAAAUGUCACGGCACAUCAGGGAGCUGCCAGUUCAAGACCUGCUGGUACGUGUCCCCAGACUUCCGGCUUGUAGGAACUUUGUUGAAGGAAAAGUUCUCGUCGGCCAUCUUCGUCAACUCCCAGAACAAGAACAACGGCGUUUUCAACCCUCGGACAGAAAACGGGGCCGGUGGAAGCUCUGGGGUGUUCGGCGGAGCGCGUCGUCUGAGCCUUUCCAGGGAGCUGGUGUAUUUUGAGAAGUCUCCUGACUUCUGUGAGCCCGAUGUGUCUGUAGACUCUCCAGGCACACAAGGCCGCAUCUGCAACAAAACUAGUUACAGCACAGACAGCUGCAGCUCUCUGUGCUGCGGCCGCGGGCACAACAUCCUAAAGCAGACACGCAGCGAGCGAUGCAACUGUCGAUUUCACUGGUGCUGCUACGUGCUGUGUGAGGAGUGUCGUCUCACAGAGUGGGUCAAUGUGUGCAAGUAGAUUCAGCUUUUGUUUUUGCUCCUCGUGCAACUCUUCCAGAAAAUCUGUUCAUCCCCUCCUUUCCUUUUUUUCUCCUUGGGUCUAGUCAUCUGGGAUCUAUUUUGUCCUCGUAGCCGCUGUUAUUCUCAAAAUGCCAAGUCAGAGGCUGAAGAGGUGACUCAUGUCAUUUGUCUUGCUAUGGUCUGGUUAAACGUUACCCCUUUCAGCCAUACAAAAGGCACACGUCCCGUCGCUUCUUCCCCACAAACGAGCAGAGCCACAGCAGAGAAGCAGUUACAUUUCACUGUCUACUUCCUCGAUGUACAGUAGCUGUUUAUUUUAUUUUAUUGUGUAUAUGUAUAUUUGUAAAUGUAUUGUUAUUAAUAUGAUUAUCACAUCAGGCUGUCUUGUUGGUUUCACUGACUCACAAGUUCCAGUUUUGACUGAAGUAUUUGAUCCAAUAUUCCUCCAAACAUUUACACAACCUGUAGGCUUUACACCUGUGACUCAGAUUAUUGGUACUCAUUUUGGUGUUUCAGAAUAUUUCACGGGGAAAAGUAUUUCUAAUAGAAAUAGGUCACACAGUAAGCAGCACGUUGUCAAAGAAUCCCACACAUUUUAUAGGAUCAUCACAUCUCAUAAAGUCAUGAAACUCAGCAGGUGAAACGUGGAUUUAUAGAGCAAAUUCUGUCUUGUGACUCCUUAUAAAACAGCUGAUAAUUCAGCUUCAUUGAUUUAACUGCAGGGCUGCACAGUGAGCAGUGGUUAGUGCUGUUGCUUUGCAGCAAGGAGGCUCUGGGUUCACAUCCUGGCCUGGGAUCUCCCAUGCAUGUUCUCCCUGUGCAUGCUUGGAUUCUCUCUGGGUUCUCCUCCUUUCUCCCACAGUCCAAAAAUAUGACUGUCAGGUUGAUUGGCCUCUCUAAAAUUGUCCUCAAGUGUGAGUGUGUGCGUGCACGAUUGUUCGUCCGGCAUGUCUCUGUGUGUCCCUGCGAUGGACUGGCAACCUGUCCGGGGUGUGUCCCGCCAAAGACUGUUAUGGAUAGGAACAAGCCCCCCUGCGACCCUGUGUGGAUAAGCGGGUGGAGAAAAUUGAUGGAUGGAUGAUUUAACCGCAGCGGCUCAGGAGGCAGAAUAAGUCGUCCGGUAACUUGAGGGUUUCCAAUUUGAUCCCAGGUCCUACAUAAAACACUUCACCCACCUUACUGUCUCACCUCUGUUAGCAUCUGCUGAAUGCAUAAACAUAAUUACAUCCAGGAAAUGUGGAUAACAUUGCAACUGGUCAUGUCGUUUUUAUUAUUUCCCAUCCAUAUGAAGGAAAUAUGCCUCGUCUUGGUUUGAUUUUAAUAUGGCGUGUCUCACUUUCUUAUAAAAUCAGGACUGAGCUCUUUA